CAACUAAUAAAGAUCGAAACUGGCGCCCCUUCUCUCUGCUGUCCUCUGUUUCUGCUUAUCCCGGAGGUACCCCACCACCCGGCGCGGAAUCAAAAUUUCUCUAAAGAAUUUACAACCCAGAAUCGAAAACGAAUAAAGAUCGAAACUUUGCCCAAUUAUCAUCAUGUCACGCAGAAGAUCCUUGCUUAAGGUCAUCGUCCUCGGGGACAGUGGGGUUGGGAAAACGUCAUUGAUGAAUCAAUAUGUGCAUAAGAGAUUCAGUCAGCAGUAUAAAGCUACAAUUGGAGCUGAUUUUGUGACCAAGGAGCUUCUAAUUGAUGACAGGCUUGUGACACUACAAAUAUGGGAUACCGCUGGGCAGGAGAGGUUUCAGAGCCUUGGAGUUGCGUUUUACAGAGGUGCAGAUUGCUGCGUUUUGGUGUAUGAUGUUAAUGUGUUGCGAUCAUUUGAUAAUCUUGUCAACUGGCACAAGGAAUUCCUCAAGCAGGCUAAUCCAAGUAACCCAAAGACCUUUCCUUUCAUAUUACUGGGAAACAAAAUUGACAUAGAUGGUGGGAAUAGUCGAGUGGUCUCUGAAAGUAAAGCUAAGGAUUGGUGCUCUUCCAAAGGAAAUAUACCUUACUUUGAGACAUCAGCACGAGAGGACAUUAAUGUAGAUGCGGCAUUCUUGUAUAUUUCAAGAAGUGCGAUAGCCAAUGAUCACGAGCAGGAUAUAUACUUCCAGGGAAUUCCUGAUGCAGUUUCAGAAACAGAGCAACAUAAUGGCUGUUCGUGCUGAUUUGAAAAUGGCAGUCACAUUCUUUUCCACUGUUACCUUUUUCUUUUCUUUUUUCCAGUCAAGAGUAUGCAGAAAUAUAUCCUUCUUGCACCCACUGCAUACUGAACUGCUUGUAUUUCUUUAUUGUUUUAUAACUUUUGCAGCUGGAUUUGUGUUGGCAAAAACUAUAGUGAAGACAAUAUAUGUAGCUUGGAAUGGGAAGUUUAUGUACCUCCAUUAGAGGUUCUUGUAUCCUGGUUGACAUGACAAACAUUCAUGGAACACUUAUUCAA